AUGAGCGCUGGAAUCUAUAUAUCUACCGUCUUUCUGUCCUUCUUGUCUCAGAAAAAGAAGCCUGUGAGUAUUUGUCACCUGCUUUAUAAGGGGAGACACAGAACUGCAACCAUGUCUGAAGCGCCUCCGAAAGCAAAACCAAAAAUCUCUGCAUCUCGCAGACUGUUUUUGAAGACCAAACUGCUAAAGAAGGCCAUGACUAUGCUGGAGAAUGAUAAGCAAGUCAGAAAAGAUGAACGAGAGAGAACCCUUGCUGAGAGAGUCCCAGCCCUCCAACUGUCAGGCCUGUCUUUGCAAGAUUUACAGAAUCUUUGCAAGGAAUUACACCAGAAAAUUGAUGUGGUUGAUGAAGAACGGUAUGACAUUGCUGCUAAAGUGUCAAAAAAUGAGAAGGAGAUACAGGACCUGUCUCAGAAGAUCUUUGAGUUGAAGGGCAAGAUGAAGAGACCAAACCUCAGGAGGGUGAGGGUCUCUGCUGACGCCAUGUUGGGAGCUCUGCUGGGCUCUAAGGUCAAAGAGUCUGUGGACUUCAAGGCCAACCUCAAGACUGUAAAGAAGGAGGAGGAGAAGAAAGAGGAAGUGACUGACUGGCGUAAGAAUGUGGAUGCCAUGUCUGGUAUGGAGGGCAGAAAGAAGCUGUUUGAUGCUGGGCAGUAGAUUUAAACUGAAUAUCUUUGUGAACAUGUUUACUGCUCUAAAACAGUUGGAACCAGUGAAUCAUGUAACUAUUGUUCACUUUAUAAUAACAGUGAAAAUGAAAGCCAGAUCAAAGGGUAAGUUCUGGCAAGUUCAUGUUUCAACUUGUUUGUCAAAAUGGCAAUAGUGAACACACUAACUUAAUUAUACUUCUCAAGGAAUACAUAAUGUUUUUUGCAUAAUGGCAUGAUGCAAACUGUAUUAUGAAAAACAUAUGUAUUUAAUGUAUUCAAGCAGUGUACUGCUUUUGUAGUUUUUAGCAUCCAUAUG